CCCUCCAGGACCGAGUUUGGACAGCCCUGCUCUGGAGAAAUCACAAUUAACAAUUUUUCAAGCCACCAGCACACUUUUUAUAUUUCUCCGACCGAUGGGUGUCGCGCUUCAGCCCAGCCGCGUGUCUUCAGUGCGGUGCUUUGACUCCUUUCGGCCACCGUACACACACCGAGCGUUGUUGUUGCAGGAAAACGCGCGUGAAUAACAACGUAUGAUAAUCCCACAAAAAAAACGUUUUAAUCCAGUUGCUUUAACCGUGUGUGAUCAUGACCGAGUACUCACACGUCAAGUCCACCAAGCUGGUCCUGAAAGGAUUAAACGAUAAAAAAAAGAAGAAAAAGAACAAGGACAAAAAGAGAAAACGAGAUGAUGAAGACAAGCUGGAUAUCGUUGGAGGAUGGUGGACAGUGAAGGGUUUCGGUGAGAUCACAGGUACAGUGGCCAUUGAGAUGCACAAAAAGUCCUUCAUCCAUGCACUGGACACUGGACUCUUCACUGUAGGUGCUCCACAUAAAGACGAUGAAGGCCCAGAUCCUCCAGAGCAGUUCACUGCCAUCAGAGUCUCAGACUCCAGGAUAGCGCUGAAGUCAGGCUAUGGGAAGUAUUUAGGUAUAAACUCAGAGGGUGUUGUGGUUGGUCGAUCAGAUGCCAUCGGCUCCAGAGAGCAGUGGGAACCAGUGUUUCAGGAUGGUAAAAUGGCCUUACUUGCUGCAAACAGUUGUUUCAUCUCGUACAGUGAGAGCGGAGACAUAGUGGCCAAAAACAAGACAGCGGGAGAGGAGGAGAUAAUCAAGAUCCGUUCAUGCACAGAAAGAGAGGUGAAGAGAAAAGACGAUAUUGCAGAUGAAGACAGAGGUGAUGUCAAGAACUGUGAGGUCAACUACGUGAAGAAGUUCCAAAGUUUUCAGGAUCGGAAGCUGAGGGUGAAUGAGGAAGACAGCGGCACGCUGAAAAAAGCCAGAACAGAAGGAAAAUUCCAUGAGGCCCUGCUGGACAGGAGAGCCAAGAUGAAGGCUGACAGAUACUGCAAGUGAAACCAGAAGUGUUUUUUUUCCUUCCUCACCAUUAUAAUUUUACAUAGUCAUGGAAUCUCUGCCUUUUUUUUAUAAUAAACCUAGUAACUUUUCACAAGAAAAUCUUUUGUUGUUUUUAAAUAGCCUAUCAAUUAUAUUGUUACAGUCAUUUGUUUAAUAUUGGAUUGUACAUUUGAUUGAUUUCCCAAAUUAAAUGGAUUGUAAACUCAAAAUCUCAAUUGCAUUAUUGUUAUCCAAUUUUCUGUUGCACACAAAGAAAAGAACGAUUAAUCUAUGGAAAACGUGGUUCCUUAAUGUUUCUGACUGAAGUCAAUUAGUGUUGAUGUGGGGUCAUUUUGUGGGGUUUUAAUAUUUAUGUGAG